GAAGGAAAAUCUCUUUUUUGACCCCAGAAAGCCAUCAGCCUCCCGUCGCAUGUGGCAUGAACAGAUAAAAUGGGCAGCCUCCCUUUGGUUUACACCUCAAUGUUUUGCUUAUGUGUUGAAUAUUCUCUUGUUCUUGAAUUAUUCUGCAUGGAAUUAUUUGGCCACAUAUUUUUUUUUUUUUGGGUGAAAGAAUUAAUUGGUCACAUUGAUUGCUGGGUUUGCUUUACUUUUAUAUUCAAAGUCCUCUUUUUAUUUUUAUUUUAUUUUAUUAACCAACAUAAAGUUUGUCAUAAAUUAUUCAAAAGUCCUCCUUAGAAAACUGACUGUUAUCUUUAGAUUUUUUUUUUUUUUUUUUUAAUUUAUAAUUUCUUCUGUUAAGUAUUUUUGACUUCCAAGUACAACCGCAGCUUAGUGCUUGAUUGCUCUAGCGAAACCUUUUUACUUUUCUCAUCCUACUUCUUUGAAGAUUUUUCCCCAUCAAGCAUUCAUUUCUUGUGAUCCUAAGGAAUUUACAAGUUGGGUCUUCACUGUUCAUCAUCUUCUUGGCCAAUGCUUUGAAUCACCCAAGAGACAUCUGCUUUCUCAGGCCCUGAUUAUAACUCUAAUAUCAUAUAGUUGGUCUAACAACAUGAGAGUUAUCAAUCACGCCUACUACAUUGCAUUUCGUGAGUACAGAACCAUAACUUAUGGUCUUUUGCUGGGCAAACCAAUCAAAGCAAAAGAGUGACAAAUCUUUUGGCACCUGGCCGUGGUAUUGCUGAUUCCAUUUUUGAAUCCUUUAUUGCAAUCUAUUGAAGUUGGAAAACUCCAAUCCCUUAAAUGUUUACAAGAGAGUGUAGGAACAGAUGGAAUACUUGGGGAAAUUAAUUGAGGUUGGGCAAUGGAUAAGCAACUGCUGCAGCCUUAAUAAGAAGAUGCAUAAAUUGAAGAGAAAAUUAGAAGAUCUAAACGGCAGGGAAGUUGACAUAGUUCAAGAAUUGGAAUAUGCAGAAUCACUGUCUUUAAAGAAACGGAAAAAAGAGGUAGAUAAUUGGUUGGCAAGUGUUGCAAGGAAAAAAGAUGAAGUUCGGGUAAUAGAGAAAGCAGUGGAACAAGACAGGCUAUUGUUCACUCGUGUACAGUUAGUUAAAUGUGUGGAGGACUUGACAGGAGAAGUGACAGAACUUCUAGAGAGAGGUAAAUUUUCUGAAGGGCUUUCACUGGACACGCUUGAGAUGAGAGAAGAUGCAUUGUUGACAACAAAAUUAGUGGGUCAGACGUUUCAUGAAAAUAUGGAUAAGAUAAGGAAAUGGUUAAUGAAGGAUGAGUUCUUAACCAUUGGCAUUUUUGGAAUGGGGGGAGUGGGGAAGACAACCUUGGUAAUGCAUAUCCAUAACCAACUUCUAAAAGAGUCAAGCACCUUCGGUAAUGUUUAUUGGGUCACUGUCUCAAAAGAUUUUAGCAUUCAUAAAUUGCAGAGUGACAUUGCAAAAAUGGUGUGUCUAGAUCUCUCAAAUGAGGAUGAUGAAAAGAAAAGAGCAGCAAAAUUAGCACAGGCUUUGAUGAGAAGAAAGAAAUAUGUGCUUAUCUUAGAUGAUGUGUGGAACCAUUUUCUUUGGGAUAAGGUGGGAAUUCCUUUUAGAGCAACUGGUUGUAAACUGAUUCUGACAACGAGAUCUUUAGAUGUGUGUCGAAGGUUGGGCUGUGAAGUGAAUAUGAAAUUGGAGCCCCUUUCCGAGGAAGAAGCUUGGAGAUUAUUUAAGGAGACUCUUGGGCACAGCAUCACACUUCCUUGUGAAGUGGAAUAUGUUGCAAGAUCAAUUGCAAAGGAAUGUGCAGGUUUGCCACUUGGUAUAAUAACAAUGGCUGGAAGCAUGAAGGGAGUGGAUGACAUAUGUGAAUGGAGGAAUGCAUUAGAAAGACUGAAACAAUCAAAAUCAGGGCAAAAUGACAUGGAAUCUGAUGUGUAUCAGGUACUGCAAGUUAGUUACAGAAACUUGAAUGAUUCAAAUGUUCAACAAUGUUUCUUGUAUUGUGCGUUGUACCCUGAAGAUUAUAAAAUUGAAAGAGAGGAGUUGAUAGAGCGUUUUAUUGAUGAGGGACUGAUUGAAAGAAUGAACGACAGGCAAACAGAGUUUGAUAGAGGUCAGACUAUUUUAAAUAAACUUGAAAAUGCCUGUUUAUUGGAAGGUGUGAUGAACAAUUUCCCUCAUGAUAAUAAGUGUGUGAAAAUGCAUGAUUUGGUAAGAGACAUGGCACUUCAGAUUGCAAACUCAAAUUCUCGGUUCAUGGUAAGAGCUGGUGUGGGAUUGAAAGGCUUACCAGAUGAAGAAAAAUGGACACCAAAUCUUGAGAAGGUUUCUUUGAUGUGCAAUAAAAUUUCAGAGAUUCCUCCAAGUGCAUCACCAAAUUGUCCUAGACUUUCAACUCUGAUGUUUCAGUAUAAUGGUCUGAAAAGGAUCCCAGAUUGUUUUUUUGUGCAUAUGCGUGAGCUAAAGGUGCUUGAGCUAUCUUAUACUGGCAUUGAAAAAUUGCCAAACUCAAUCUCUAACUUGGAGAACCUAUCUGCGUUGUUGCUGAGAGAAUGUAGUAUGUUGCAGUAUGUGCCUUCAUUGACUAAGCUUACUGCCUUGAGGAGGCUGGACCUGAGAAACUCUGGAAUUAAAGAGGUACCUCAAGGUAUGGAAAUGUUGGUUAACCUCAGAUACUUGGAUCUCCGUGUUCCCACCCUAAAUAUGUUGCCUGUUGGGGUUCUACCCAAACUAUCCAAUCUCCAAUAUCUAAUAAUUUAUGGAUUAUCCAAGACACUAAAAGUCAAAGGAGACGAAGUUGCAAGCUUGACAAAGUUGGAAACAUUUUCAGGCCAAUUUUAUGACAUUUACAACUUUAAUACAUAUGUCAAAUCCCUUGAGGAAGGAGGACCUAGCAAAUAUCUACUUCAAGUGGGCCUAGACAACCCAUAUUUCUCGCCGGUUGAAAGUGGUAGCUUUGAUAAAAGUGUGAUUUUGAAAAGCUGCAGUAUAAGUAAAAGCAAUGAAGGAGAGGAAUGCCUUGUGCUUCCCACUGAUGUCCAGUACCUCUAUAUUCAAGAGUGCCAUGAUUUUCGAAGUUUGUGUGAUAUUUCAUCGGGGAAAGCUGCAACUGACUUGAAAACUCUUGUUAUCAAUAAUUGUGAGGGUAUGCAUAGUGUCCUUUCUUCUUCAUCCUCUUGUUGCAUUCCUCUGCAAUGCCUACGGUCACUGCGCCUUGCAUUUUUGCAGAAUUUACAUGUCUUGAUAGCGAGAGGGUUAGCUGAGUCACCACCUGUACAACCAGACACCUUUUCCAGGCUUAAAGAAUUUAGAAUAUAUAACUGUCCUAAUAUAAAGACAUUGUUCUUCCCUCAGUUGUUGAAACACUUCCGAAACCUGGAAGAGCUUCAUAUAGAAGAUUGUGGACAAAUGGUGGAAAUUAUAGCAGCACCGUCUGAUGAAGAUGAAGAAGAUAUCUACAGAGAAAUAGAAAAUGGUGUCAUCAUGAACUGUCUUCCAAGAUUAAGGGUUUUGCAACUGUGGAACUUGUCAGAAUUGAGGAGCAUCUGUACAAAUGGUGUAAUAGUUUGUGAUUCUCUUCGAGAUCUUGCAGUCCGAUACUGCAGUAAGCUGAAAAGGAUUCCUCUCCUUGACAGACAACCAUCUCCUCCCCCAUCUCUUCAAAUAAUCAAAGCAUUUCCAAAAGAAUGGUGGGAUUCACUGGAGUGGGAGCAUCCAAAUGCUAAGAAUGUCCUUCAACCUUUUUGUCAGUUUUCACGAUAUCUGUAAGCUGUUUUAUGAAAUUCCCGACCACUAGUGUAGCCUCUUAAUAUCACUAAAUGAACGGUAAUUUAACA